AUGAAUAAAGAAAAUGAAACUCGAGUUUCAACAGAAUCUAAAGAAUUAAAUAUUUCCGAUAAAAAUUCUAACAUCAACCUUGAAAAUUGUUGUUAUUAUUGUAAUAAACCAUUUAUCAAAGAAUUAUGGUGUGAAGAAUGUGACCCAUUUAGAAUGGUUGAAGGUUGGACCAGUGGAAAUAAUGAUAUUGAUAGAUUUUAUCAAAGAUACAAUUUAUUACAUAUAAAGCAAGUUGGUGAAGGCGCAUUUUCCAAAGUAUAUUCUGCAAUAUGGAAUAAUGGCAAAACAAAAUAUUCUAAACAAGAUGAUGGAAGUUGGAAAAAAGAAGAAUCAAAUCCUAUAAAGGUUGCUUUGAAAAAGUUAAAUGGAUCACAAAAUAUGUUAGAUGAACAUUUAAAUGAGCUUAAAGUACAUUGUAAUUCAAGUAGAACCUCAUUAACUUUUCAUGGAAUGACUAAAGAUCCAGAUCCAAAAGAAUUUAUGAUGGUUUUAAAAUUUGCAAAUCAAGGAAAUUUGAGAAGUUUUCUCUCAAAUAAUUUUAACAGCAUUUUAUGGAAAGAUAAAAUUAAUUAUUUGUAUUGUUUAAUAUAUGAUCUUGAAAAUUUACAUAAUAUUGGAUAUUAUCAUAAAAAUUUACAUAGUGGAAAUAUAUUACAAAUAGAUAAUAUACCUUAUAUUUCAGAUUUUAGAAUAUCUGAACCAUCAUUUAAACAAAAAUCUGAUGAUAAAAUAUGUGGAGUAUUACCAUAUAUUGCCCCGGAAGUUUUGAAUGGAGAAUCAUAUACAUUAUUAUCUGAUAUUUAUAGUUUUGAAUUAGAAAUAUAUAAUGGGCUUAGACCAGAAUUUGGAAAAGGAACUCCUGAAAUUUAUAAGGAACUAGCUUACAAAUGUAUGAAUGCUGAUUUAAAUCAAAGACCAACAGCCAAUGAAUUGCGAAAAGAUAUUAGGGCUAUGUUUGAAGAAGCUGAUAAAGAAAUACCAAAUAUUUCAACUUCAUAUGAGAAAAGUCCUGAUGCUAUAUAUACUAGUAGAUUAUUUACAUUUAAUAAUUUAACAAAACCUGUUAAUUCAUCUCUUAUUACAUCAUACCUUGAUGAAGAAUAA